AAACAUGCAGCUUCAAAUAAAAAAGAUAUCGGCUUUCCGUGCAUAACAAUAAUAAUUAAAUUACUGCAGUUAAUGUUGGAUAAGCCGAUAAGUAUUUAGUUUAAUAAUAAAUAGGCAGUAUAAAAUGUUUGACCGCGUAACAGAACUAUAGCUAGGGCCCAAUAGGCAUCAUGACGACAUCGCUCGGUGCGCCCGUCAACCACAAACAAGCAAGUACCACGUUAAACAAACGCCUCAUAUUCCACGAAUUCUUUAUGGACUACAUUCUACAUUUCAACCGUGAACAAAUCCCUCCAAGAGUGGUCCACACCAAAGGAGGCGGGGCUUUCGGCUACUUCGAAGUAACACAUGAUAUGAAAGAUAUUUGCAAAGCUAAAGUCUUUAGCAAAGUGGGUAAGAAGACACCAGUUGCAGUCAGAUUCUCUCCUCAAGUCCAACUAUUCGGCGGCGUUGAUACAUCGAGAGAUGACCGAGGGUUCGCAGUUAAAUUCUACACUGAAGACGGUAAUUUUGAUAUAGUAGGAUUAAACACGCCCAUGUUCGUAAUAAAAGAUCCUCUAUUUUUUCCUACUUUUGUUCACUCAAGAAAAAAGAACCCGCAAACAUUUCUGUACGACUCAAAUAUGUUUUGGAAUUUUUUAGUAUUAUUUCCAGAGGGAAUGCAUAUUCAAAUGCGCCUUUUCACUGAUUUGGGCACUCCUGAUGGCUAUAGACAUAUGCCUGGAUUUGGGAUUCAUACAUUUCAAGUUGUGAAUGAGGAGAAAGAAAACUAUUUCAUCAGAUUCCAUUUUGCUCCUGACGCUGGUGUGAAGAAUUUGAGUUCUUCUGAAGCUCAGAAAAUAGCAGGCCUUGAUCCCGAUUACGCUAACAGGGAUUUAUUCAAUGCCAUAGAUACUAAAAACUUUCCAAGUUGGACAGUCAGUAUUCAAGUUCUAAGUGUCAGUGAUGUUAAACAUGCGGACUUCGAUGUUUUUGACGUGACCAGAGUUUUGCCUGAAGAUAAGUACCCAUUGAGGCCUGUGGGAAAAUUAAUUUUAAACAAGAACCCUUUGAAUUACUUUGCUGAUAUAGAACAAUUAGCUUUUUGUCCUUGUAACCUUGUACCUGGUAUACUUGGAUCACCGGACAAGUUGUUUGAAUCACGUUGUUUGUCGUACAGGGACGCCCAGCAUUAUCGUUUAGGUGGAAACUUCAUGAAUAUAGGUGUAAACAAACCUAUACACGAGCCAUUGACAUACAACAGAGAUGGCAGACCUCCUAUUGGUGGAAAUAAACAAAACAUACCAAACUACUAUCCUAAUUCUUAUAACGGACCUGUUCCUUACUUAGAGGAAAAUGAAGUCGAAUUGAUUGAAAUAUAUGAGAGUAAAGCUGAUAAUUUAGACCAGACACGUGAGUUGUAUGAGAAUAUGAGGUUUGAUGAAAAGGCUAGACUAAUAGAGAAUAUUGUGUCCAGCUUGGGUUCCGUGACAGACCCGUUGUUGAAGAAACAGAGUGUAAAUUUGCUAAGAGCUAUCAAUCCCUACCUAGGAAGUAGUGUUUUAGAAGGUUUAUUAGCUAAUAGAACUAAAUAUUAUUGGGAUAAAGAUUUUUAAGUAAAAUAGAUGAAUAACCAAAGGCCAAAACAUAUUAUUUACACAAGUACA